AUGAAAUCCUUAGGUGCAAAACUCUUUUUGACGCUUUCAGCUAUUAUUCUUGUCACAUAUGCCUCUGUCAUCUUGUGCAUACCAAGACAAAAACACCAUGAAAAACUGUCAACAGAUGAGUUCAAAACAACUUUCUAUAUUAAAGCUAUGUCAUGGAACGACAUCACCCCAAGCCUUUGUCUUCAAGCACAAAGACUAAAUAUUCCAAUUAAUAAGAACAAACUGCCAAGAAUCUUGAAAACAUUUUUGCUACUUACACUUAUAUUAUCAAAUGACAUUCAUCAAAAUCCAGGACCCAUAAAAUAUCCAUGCGCAAUCUGUGAUAAAUCAGUCAACAGCAACCAUAGAGCUGUAUCAUGUGACAAUUGUCAACUAUGGGUUCACAUCAAAUGUGGUAACAUUAGUCCAGAAGAUUAUAACAAACUGAGUAAAUGUGAGAACAUAACAUGGUCAUGUCCAAAAUGUAAAAUAAUUUUAACUGGUACAACAAUCGAACAAAAUAAGCAUACAGAACCAAUAGUAAACAGCAAAAACAACAGCUUAAACACCUCCAGUACAUCAACCGGAAGUGAUAGAUCAGAGAUGAAUAAUGAAAAUGAUAAAGGAUUACUAACCAUACUUACAAUGAAUUGUCGUAGUUUGCGAAGUGAAGCUAAACGAAACAUGCUCCAGACAAUAAUUGAAACACAUGAACCACACAUAGUUCAUCUGCAAGAAACACAUCUUGACAAAACCAUAUCAACAGCAGAAAUAUUAGACCCAGAACAAUAUGAGAUAGUCCGUAAAGACCGAAUAACUGAAAAAGGUCAUGAAGGCGGCGGCAUAAUUAAUGCUGUACGUAAGAACAUUGUAUGCAAUGGAGAAGACACACUAGACACUAACUGUGAAAUAGGAUGGACAAAGAUACAACUGAAAGGCUGUAAAGCCCUCUACACUGGCUGUUAUUAUCGUAAACCAGAUAAUGACCCUACACCAUUACAGAACUUGAAUACUUCAAUUAGUAGAUUAACGCAUAAUAAUACUCUGCCUAACAUAAUACUUACUGGAGACUUCAAUUUACCAGAUAUUGAUUGGGAUGAAGAAGACUCAAAUGGAGGAUACACCAUCAAAUCAAGCCAUAACUAUUCCAACGAAAUAAAUAAACUAGCUUUAGACAUUGUUGAGGAACACUGCUUGCAACAAUGUGUCACAGAACCAACCAGGGAAAAGAACAUUCUAGAUCUUGUUCUCACAACUAAUGAAAAUCUAGUACAGAAAAUGAGCAUUACUGAUGGAAUGAGUGAUCACCAGAUGAUAAUUACAACUGUCAAUGCAAGACCAAAGGUAAUUAAGAACAAGCCCAGAAAAGUCUAUCAAUAUAAGAAGGGAAAUAUGGAAAAAGUUCAAGAAUAUUUGAACAGCAAAUAUGAAAAUUUCAAGGAGAAGAUAACUGAAAUGAACAUCGAAGAGUACUGGACUCUAUUUAAAACUCACCUUUUUCAAGCAAUGGACCUACAUAUACCAUCCAAAAAUCUGACAUCGAGAUUUAACUUACCUUGGGUGAAUCAACACAUCAAGAAGAUGAUACGUAAAAAAGAACGACUAUAUAAAGUUGCAAAGAAAUACCAAACUAAAGAGCACUGGGAUAAAUUCAAGCAAUAUAGAAAAGCAGUAAAGACAGAACUUGAUAUAUCACAUAAGAAGUAUAUAUUUGAUAUGUUAGAAGUAAGUCCAUCAACAUCAGAAGCUUCAACAAACACACAAGACCAAUACAGAAUAGGGAAAAAGUACUGGAAAUACAUCAAAUCUCAAAAGAGGGAAACAGUGGGAGUACCAACACUCAAAGUUAAUGGAGAAAUAUUAGACAACAGCAAAGGAAAAGCAGAAGCACUUAAUGCACAAUUUCAAUCAGUAUUCACGAUUGAAGACUUUCAAAGCUUCCCUAAGAUAACUGAAAAUGAAACAUCAAAAAUACCAAGCCUACACAUUAGUACAGAAGGGUUAAUCAAACUACUAAAGGGAGUGAACCCAAGCAAGGCAAAUGGUCCAGACAAUAUAUCGUGUAGAAUAUUGAAAGAGUGUGCAGAGUCAAUAUCACCAUAUUUACAGUUAAUCUUCACCAAAACACUAAAAGAUCAAAGUGUACCACAAGACUGGCUUAUUGCAAAUGUCAUCGCACUAUUCAAGAAAGGGGAUAAGAGUCAACCGGUCAACUAUCGACCAGUAUCCUUGACAUCAGUUCCAUGUAAAAUAAUGGAACAUAUUAUAUUUAAACACAUAAUGAACCAUCUUGAGAAGUAUAAUAUACUUGUGGACUUCCAGCAUGGCUUCAGAAGCAAAAGAUCGUGUGAGUCACAACUAGUCAUAACAGCAGAGGAUAUAACUAGAAAUCUGGACAAUAACCAACAGGUAGAUAUGCUCAUAUUAGACUUUAGUAAAGCAUUCGACACAGUACCACACCAGCGAUUGUUGAAGAAACUAGCAUCAUAUGGUAUCGAUGGAAACAUACUUGCAUGGUUAGAAGCUUGGCUGACAAAAAGAGAACAACAAGUCACACUGGAAGGAGAAAGAUCAAGUACUGCUAAAGUAAAUCUGGCGUACCACAGGGAACAGUUUUAG